AUGAGUACCCGAGUUACCAGAGCAGCAGCAAGGAGGCAGGCCGCGCUUCAGCGAGGUCCUGAAGGACCCGUCGCGGAGCAAGGACGGUCGGAGGCUAGGCCGCUGCCUAUCUUCCGGCCCACCCAAACCCCGCGGCGCGGUGCCGAGGACGAUGGAGCUCGCUCGGAGCCCGAACCCAUAGUCACCUCGGACGAGAGCGACAUGGAGUGGGCCGAGGACCCGGCCAAGGAGAGGCGGGAGUGGCGCCUAAAGAGGGCCAGGGACCCGAAGGUCGACGCAAUCCCGCCGGGAUACGCCCGAACAUUUAAGGGUGCGGCGAAGAGACCAAGGGGCAGCGGAAGCACCUCGUUGGAGAUGGCUGAGGCGAGAGCCAAGAUGCUGAGGGACGAGGUCGAGAGGAUGCGGACGACGAGUGCCCGAUACGAGGACCGCAGAGCAGUGGAGAAGGACCUUGAGACCGCGCAGCAAGAAUGGGAGCGGAUGAAGCAAGCCGACGCUGAAGCCAUCGUCCAGGAGGCAUAUCGCCUCAAGCGAGGAGAGGAGAAGGCCCGGAAAGAGGCGGAAGUUGAGGAGGCCAGGAGAAGGGCGGAGGAGGAGAAACGGUCCAGGAACCCCGAAUGGCAGCAACGGCUACAGAAGUGGGAAGAGGAGGAACGCCAACUGUGGUCGGGCGAGGUUCUGGUGGAGGCGGUGCCCUUAAUCCCAGGAGGGAUGCAAGGAAUUCCCCCGACUCCCCGAUCCGACAACGACGGAAAUGCCAGUCGUGGACCCGAGGCCCCGAACCAGUGGGCCCAGUCGGAUGGAUGGGUUCCCUACCAGGACCCAAAACCCCAUCCCCAAAAUUGGCACGAGCCACCUCCGACCCCCCGCCCGCAAGAAUGGCCGGAGGAUGUCGACCGGGAUCCCGCUCCAAGCGCCUCACCACGUCAGCAGGAGGCGGAGUUCCCACGCCCACCGAAGUGGACCCCGGCACGACCGCCCACGCCACGUCAUCCAGAGGCGGAACACCCCCACCCACCGAAGUGGACUCCGGCUCGGCCGCCCACGCCUCGGCACGGCCAGGAGGUCCAAGAGGAGGAACCGGAGGAACACACCCAGGAGGAGGUUCCCAGACCAGGAGGAGGGGAGGAGCAGUGGCAGUACUGCCGGACAUAG